AUGUGUUGCAACUAUGGGAACUCCUGUUGCUAUGGCUGUGGAAGCGGCUAUGGCUCAGGAUGUGGCUAUGGCUAUGGCUCCCGUUGUGGCUGUGGCUAUGGCUCCUGUUGUGGCUGUGGCUAUGGCUCAGGAUGGGGCUGUGGAAAAGGCUCCUGCUGUGGCUGUGGAUAUGGCUAUGGCUCUGGCUGCUGUGGCUACCUGCCGUUUUGCUACAGAAGAUGCUAUUCUUCUUGCUGCUAG